AUGGCUUGUCCGCUGGACGUAGUCGCGCAUCGAGAGCUUCCCUUGUUUAAGGUUGAGAAGUUCGGUGCGCAGCCACGACUUCUCUUGAGGAGGCUCGAGCGCCAGCCGGGGCCGAUCUGUAUCACAUCUAGAGUUGGGAAACCGUGCUGGUCCACAAGUAACUUGCCUAGUGCCCACCCCUUCAACUUUCAGGACAAUCGGGAGAGCGGAAAGCUCACCUUGGCCGACAUCGUCUCGACCAACCUGGAGGCGAUCGCAAUGUCAAUCUCCCGAAACCAGCUAUUGAGCGGGGAGUCGAUCUGUACCUUCUCCGAGUAG